CAGCCACAAAUGUCUUCUAAAGACCCAGAAACUGAUUCAAAAUAUAAAUCUCUUCACAAGAAGUAUAUAGAUCAGAACAAAGAAGGGUUUAGAUUUCGUCAACUGGAAAAGCAAGGAAUAAACUUGCCUAAAAUAGUUGAAAACAGCAUUAAAUUCAGACUCACUGAUUACUUAUAUCCUUAUCAUUUGUUCCUAGAUUCAGGAGAGACAGUGCCUACUCCUGAUGGAGGAGAGUUUACUUUACCUAAUACAAUGUCUCUGUAUUACCGUAAGCGCAGAUCUUUACUCUGGCUCUAUUCCAAAAAGUGAAGUGACACUUUGACUGAAGAUGAGAAAAGCCUAAGAGACCAGAUUGAGAAAAAAACCUUUAGAGCAAACUUAGGAUUCAAGUUAGUAGGACUUCUGAUGCUGAUAAAUGUAAGACCAUACAGGUCACUCACAACUAAGUCAGUCUACGGAAUUAUGUUCGACGUUCUCUUUGCUUAUUAUGGAUUCUACAUGUGGGUCUUGAGUAAUGUUGUACCCUACCAAUACACCUUUGAUCAAUACAAGCCUUUUGUGCAAAAAUGCCACCAAAUAGGCCUAAAGGUGGAUGAGGUGCCAAGAUAUGAUUUAUCUCAGAUGUCUAUAAACAAAUGCAAAUUUUACUCUUAUGAUCCUUGUUUCUAAAGAAUUGAUGUAAUUGGCUUAACAAUUAAGUUGUGGAUAGAUCAUUUACUAAAUUC